CUGGCCUCUCACGCCACGUGCGCGAGGGGCAGGCGUCGAGCGGCGGUGUCCGCCCCGCCCGGGCCGCUCCUCGCCGCCGACAGAGCGCGCGUGGAGCGGCACCCGCCUGCGCCGAGGGUGGAGAAGGGCCUCCGGGAACCCUCCUCGCGUGCUCUGCGGCUGGCGCCUCGGGCCUGGCGCAGCCGGCGGAGAGCCGGGCCGUCCCGCGCUGCGGCCGCCACCUGCUGGCGACGCCAACGGCCCCAGAGAGCUCCUGGGCCGGGCGCGCGGGUCUUUGUGCGCACGCGCAGCGACGUCGCCCGCUGAGGGGCCGCGCGGGCACCAGCGGUUGACUUUGCCUUUACUGGUCUGACCGGCACGAAGGCGCGGAGCUUGCUGCUUGCGGUUUCGGCCAGACUGGGUGGCCAGCCUCGGGCUACGCAGGCGGAGAAAACGCGAGGAGGAGCUGAGGUGUCCACGGACCCGGAAGGCUCUACCCGAAAGAGGCUUUCGGCUUGAGUGGCAGGAUGGGGGCCACCUCCCCUGCCCCUGCCCCUGCCCCUUCGUGGGCGACCCAACCUCCCAUGCCUGAGACAGGCCGCAACGCCUACGUACCCGGCGGAUAUGCUGUCCACAGGAAAGAGCUGGGAGUGCUCCACGAAGCUGUCUUCUUGGGUGAGCUCGAGAUUGUGCAGGAGAUCGCUUCCUGCUCCUGCUCUUCCUGCACCAGGGAGUUGCUGAAUGAGACAGACAAGAAGCAUAGGACUGCUCUCCAUUUGGCCUGUGCCAAAGCCAAUGCACAGAUGGUAACUUUCCUGCUGGGCAGAAAAUGUGACCUUAACCCCUGUGAUGGCAAUAACAGGACACAUCUGAUAAAGGCUGUACAAUGCCAAGCAUAGGAAUGUGUCAUUCUGCUUUUAGAACACGGUGCC